AUGGCUCAGUCGGAGGUAGGAUUUGGUGGCUGGAAAAGCGCCGCAUGUUGCGUGGUGUCCAGUGCACCCCCGACGGCCUUGCCCAAAUCUUAUCUAAACUUAGCUGGAACUGUUAGCUCUGAGUCGAAGACCACAUUAAAGGCUCACCUUAUUUACCGGCGUAAGAAAUGCCGAAGAAUUGUAGCUUCAGAUGAUAACAUUGUUUCCCAUAAGCAUGGAAAAGGAGAAGCGAGUUUUAAAUGGAAGAAGAGAAAUGAGAACACAGAAAAGCAACCAGUGGACUGUACCUCGGUAUUUGUCGAGCCCAUGAAGUGGAUGCAAACAGUUAAUGAGGGCCAUGUAGAGGAAAAACUUUUCUGUUUGGGAUGCAAUGCUCGUUUGGGUUACUUCAAAUGGGCAGGUAUGCAGUGCAGCUGUGGAGCAUGGGUGAAUCCUGCAUUUCAGCUGCAUAAAUGCCGUUUAGAUGAGUGCUAUGUGCGACUCAAUCACUUCUCUGCUUCCCCAUAAUCCACACCUGAGGCUUGGAAAAACUUGAUAGUGGUAAUACCUAAACAUCAGUAAGGAGCUUUUCCUUAUAGAUUAUGGGAGUUUUAGAAUAUGGAGUUUUGUACAGACUUGGUCUCCUGCACCACCAUAAUAGA